AUGCCGCUAGAACUAGUCCCCGCCGCAAGCAAAGAGGAGGUGCUGCUGUGCCAGACCAACAACUACGAGCUCUGGGGCGCCCCGUUGACGCUGGAGCAGUACCAGCACCGGGACAACAUCAACUACGGGACGUCGUACAUGGCGAUCGACAGAGAGCAGCCGGAGCAGAGCAACGGCGCCGUCUACUUCGUGCUCAAGGACUCCGCCACGGGCGUGAUCGAGUCUGCGUGUGAGAUCCUCAUCCGGGACUGCUGGGUCAAGAGGGCCGGGCGGCUUGUCGACGCCCGCUCCGCCGUCCUCGGCUCGGUCUACACCGUCGAGAAGUACCGCAACAAGGGCAACGCCAGCGUCAUGAUGAAGGAGCUGCUCCGGCAGCUGCGGAAGACGUACCUCACCGGCGACUGCGACGUGGCGUUCUUGUACAGCGAGGUCGGCGAGUACUACUCCCGCUUUGGCUACCGGAGUUUCAACGUGCCCGUGUUUGUCUUCGACAUCACGGCGCAGGACGACCGCAGCACCAAGAUCGGCGCCAGCUGCGCGGUCGAGUACGAGACCUUGUACAUGGACUACGCCGAGGUUGCCGACGACUACCGAGGCCGCAUCCGGAAGCUGGUUGAACGGGACACGGACACAGACAGCGCCGCCUUCGCCUUCGCCUUGAAGCCCACCGCCGGCCUCUUCGAGUGGUUCGCCAACCGUGCCCGGGCCAUCUACUGGGCGGUCCAGCACCCGGACGCACACGCCCCGCCAGCCGUCGAGCACGAGAGGGCGUCCGGAAGCACCGUCGACCCUGCCCUCACCGUGCCCACCGGCUACCUUGUCCGCCACCCAACCGCCGACGCCCCCGGCCUCAGCUAUGUGUCCUUCUACCCGGAGUUCCACACCGGCGACUGCUACGUCACCGCCAUGCACGCCCACGACGUCGCCACCGCCGUCGUCCUCAUGGACCUCGUUCUGAAGCAGUGCGCCGUCUGGAAGCUCCGCAAGGUCUAUGCCUGGAGCACCGACGUCGGCGACUUCGACAACACCGGCAGGGACCCCUUGGCCGCCGUGGACCGCCUCCAGCACGCCUUUGCCACCGCUGCCGGGCCCAGCCCCUCCGGCUCCAGCGUCGCCUUCCGUGUCCAGGACACCAACCACAGUCUUAGCGCCAUCCAGGCCUUGCACCGGACCAGCAACACCGACCCAGCACGUCCUCAAGAACCUUUUGUCACCAGAUGGGAGGGCAACGGCAAGUGGUGCUGGUUCUGA